GUUACAGAUGGGAGCGAGUCUGUUAAUUUAUUGGACAAUAGAACCAAUAGUAGCCGCCCCCUGUAUCUUUUCAUGGAGAACCAGUUUGAAACAAAGGGUGGACAAGGGUUGGAUGUUUAAUGUAUUCAACCUUCUCAAAGUGUUUCUACAAAUUGAAAAAAAGCUGUCCUCUGAAUCACAUCACUGAAUCAGCAUCAGAAUUGAUCGUAAUCACUUAAUAGUUUCUAACGAGCAUAGCGGGCAGAAGACGUCAAUGCAAUUCACUGGAGGCUUCCAUCUCAGUUCCAAUACUUCCAAAAGGUCCAUAGUUGGUCUGAGAGACAGAAGUACAGCAGGCAGAUUUAUUUUGCUUUGUGCCAAUGUGCAGCUGAUGCGCUCAGCCUGGCGGUGUAGGCUACUGCAGACAAAGAACCGCGACCACAUGGGAUACACUAAAUCACCUUCUUCACGGAUCAAAAGGAACAUGGGCUAAAUGGAGAAAGUAACAUCGAUUGUUCUUAUAUCUACAUUUGUGGAUGUCCCGCUCCUCCCUGCGCAUUGUUACCCGGAACACAAAGUCGGAGCAUCAAACCGGAUCGCUAAACAGAUGUUGUUUGGGUUAAUUUGGCGUGUCUACAAUGCAUCGUAAAUCAGAAUAACAAUGGGAGCCUGUCUGACGGAGUCCAACUCGAGCGGGAACUUUAGCAGCAGGGACACUGAGAACGGGAGCGUCCUCCUACCUCCUACGCUGGUGGGGAUCUUCUCGGUUCUGAUGGUAACUCUGGUGAUCGUUAUCGUAGCUGGUAACGCACUGGUAAUCAUGGCUUUUGUUGUGGAUAAGACCCUAAGAACUCAAAGCAACUACUUCUUCCUCAACCUUGCUAUCUCGGAUUUCCUUGUGGGUACCUUCUGCAUCCCGGUCUACAUUCCAUACAACCUGACAGGUCGCUGGAUGCUGGGCCGAGGUCUCUGCAAGGUGUGGCUGCUCAUGGACUACCUGCUCUGCACGGCGUCCGUCUUCAACAUCGUCCUAAUCAGCUACGACCGGUUUCUCUCCGUCACCAGAGCGGUUAGGUACCGGGCACAGAGAAACAUGACACGGCAAGCCGUGACCAAGAUGGUGGCCGUGUGGCUCCUAGCCUUCCUCCUCUACGGCCCCGCCAUCCUCUUCUGGGAGUCGUUCAGGGGCCACAGCAUCGUCCCUGCCAACCAGUGCUUCGCCGAGUUCUACUUCACGUGGUACUUCCUCCUGAGCGCUUCCACCUUCGAGUUCUUUGCGCCCUUUGUGUCGGUGGCCUUCUUCAACCUCUGCAUUUACCUGAACAUCCGCCACAGGAACAAGAGCAUGUCGGCCUGCACGGAGGACUCCUCCGCCUCGGCCACCGUGCAGCAGGACCUCCGCCCACCCAGAGGGAACGGCGCCGCCUUGUCCGUGUUUUUCGUCAAGACGCGCAAAGUGUCGUCCAGCGAGCCCGCCGCAAUUUCCGCGGUCAUCGAAGACGAAGAAUUCGGCCGGCCGUCGAGCUGCGGCCCCGGCGCCACCCUGACCUUCAUCCACAGGAACCGGCUGUCUCCCCGCAGGAGCGGUGCCGUCGUCUUCGAAACCCGGUCGCCGUGCAAUGCGCCCGGCCGCAGGACUCAAGGCUCUCGUCUUACUCGGGACAAGAAAAUUGCCAAAUCGCUGGCCAUCAUCGUGUGUAUCUUUGGCGUCUGCUGGGCGCCCUACACUCUACUGAUGAUCAUCCGCGCUGCCUGCAGUGGCGCGUGUGUCGAGCACUACUGGUACGAGAUGACCUUCUGGCUCCUUUGGUUGAAUUCUGCCAUCAACCCCUUCCUGUACCCUCUCUGCCACAGCAGCUUCCGCAGGGCCUUCUCCAAAAUCCUCUGUCCUAAAGGGCAGUCGGUCCAACCUCAGAUUGAGAUACAGUCCUGCUAGCGAGCCGCUCCGACUGUUCUUCGAUUAAGGGUUGCCCACUUUCAAGCUAUGGACCCCAUUUACAUUCAGGUGGAUGUCUACAUCUGAAAGGAAGUCAACUUAAACGGAACAAAGGACGGCGCAGACAGCAACACAACGGAGGCUGAAGAGCGUUGAAAGAAAUGAGAGGCAAUGACAAUUUGAGUUCCAUAACCGCUGAAGGUCAUGAGAUAUACCUUGUAUUCUGAGACAGGAUCCCAUUAACAAACACAUUUGCAGUUUUUGGGAUUAAGGUAAGAAACAUGGCCAGAAAUUGUAUUGCAUUAUUUUAUGUAUUUAUAUAAUUUAUAACUCAAUAGGAUUUCAAGUGAAACCUCAAUAUUUCAAACCUUAUAAUAAUUUCCAAAAUCAUAUAAAUAUAUAUCAUAUAGAUGCAAUCACUACCGUGUGAGGAGAUACAUUUUUAACUAUGAGUAGUCCUGCAGCAACAGAGCUUCAAGAUCAAAUUAUGUAGAUGUGAUGCCUAACUAAGACCAAGAGUCAGUGUUUUGAUAUAGAUCAUUCAACAAAAAAUCAUGUCUUUCAAUGUGAUCUUGAAGAGUGGGUGGGUAUGUUGACUAAAAGUGAGUGCUGUAAUCGAAGCAGAACUCACUCUCUGUGUCCAUGUUCAGGAAAUGGAAGAUAAUUUCAAAAGCCGAGAGGGAUAUCAAAGUGCUUAGUAUCGGUAGUCAGAUUUCAACCAAUUUUUAUUGGGCCAUAAAAAACGCCACCCGUCAGACUUUAUAUCCAGGCGUUGAAGCGUUUUCAUAUGAGGUGUGAUUUUUUUUUUACCCAGUUUAUAAAGAGUAAUACAUUUUUAAUCCGGGUUCAAGGUGUACUUCUGUGAAAGAGCCAUAGUGAGUAUUUCACUCCUUGCCUUCAGUGAGUUAGGUAAGUAGAGUAGAAUAUCAUGGAUUUAAUAGAGAUCUGGGACAUGAACUGCAAGGAACAGUUGGCCAAGAGACGUAGAUCCUUAUUAUCAGACUAAUCCAAGGCAAUCUGUACCGAUGUCUCUAACAGCGGUCCCAACCUUUCUGGGCCUUAGGGUUAGUCACUAACCCUAACUCUAAGCCUAACCUUUCUGGGCCUUAGGGUUAGGGUUAGUCACUAACCCUAACCACUAGACACUAGUCACUAACCCUAACCCUAACCUUUUUGGGGCUUAGAAACAGCACAACCCCAACCACAAAGGCAAACCAAAUUAAAGUUGCUCGCAAUAUUUUUCAUACAGGGCGAUUAAAAUCACGCAAUUCUUUUUUUUUUUUUUAAAUUAGCAAGAAUAAUACAUUUAUAAAAUAAUAAAUAUUAAUAAUUAUACAGGAAAAACAAUGUGUCACAGUUUCUUUAACCUACGUCGGGAAUAGGGCACACCUAUCCAAGGCACAUUGGUUGGGACAAAUCAUAUCAUGUAAGAUAUAGACAACUUUACUAGCAUACUACUCAAUUUGUUUUGAAAUUACAAGGACGAUAAACAUUGAGGUUAAAAGAUAAAACAAGCACUCACACUCUUUUUUGAAAUGGGUUAGGGUUAGCCCGCUAACCAAACAUUUCAAAGGCAGCCCAACAUGCUGCCUUCAGCUAAAUAGCUGUGCGAGGAGGACAGUCCUUUAUUUUCUGAUGUACCAAAAAGUAAAAUAAUUACAAUUAGAGCAUUUGGCAGACGUUUUUUUUUCAAACCGACUUUUAUUUAACCGACUUACAUCGGUUAAUACACACAUUGACACACCGACAGCAGAGUCAACCAUGCAAGGCGACAGCCAGCUCGUCAGGAGCAGUUUGGGUUAAGAGUCUUGCUCACGGACACAUCAAAACUAAGCUAGGAGGAGCUGGGGAUCGAACUAGCAACCUUUCUGUACAAGGCAACUACUCUACCUCCUGAGCUAAGCCGACCCCUAAUAUGUUCUUGAAAUCUAAGGAAUAUAAGGUAAAAGAAAAAGAUGGAUAAAUUAGAUAUCACAACAAAUGCCUUUAUCCUGUUGCAAAGACCACAGCAGAUCUCAGAACAGCUACCCAAGAAAUUGGAUUAAACAUCACAAAUUACAUCAUUGUGCAAAAUUAAAAAAAGACUCCCAGCGCAGAAAGAGUAUACGCGUCUUCCGCUGUGAUUUAAAAUGACAAAUUAUAUGUGAGAGGAAGGGCCUGGGACUGGCAGUGCCUUUAAACCCUGUGAUUGGGUGGAAUAUUCUGUCUGCGUGACAUGGAUUCAAUGUGAAUAAAUUGGAUGGUGGGAGUGAUACAACUUUUAUUCAUUUUUAUAAUCUAAUCAAAUCAGACCUGUUGUACUAGAAAGGAAUAGACCUCUAGGGCUGCAAGUAUGAAGAACUUUUUUGGGAAAUAGCCAGCGAAGUCAAUUUAAAGUAAUUUUGUGAAAUGCCAACAGAUGUUAAGAUGAAUAGCCAAAGGUUUUGGUGACCUGGAGAGGCACAGGUCGACUUGUAAAUUGAAAACAAAUUGCUCUGUGCUGCUAUUGAUGUUGUUUCCAUACACAAUGGGGGACCAAGGAGCGAAUCCAUUCUGUCUUCCAAAGGAGAGAAGGAGAAGAGAAAGGGAGAGUUUGUUUAACACAGAGACCUCCCUGCCACAAGAAUGCGAAUACAAUCAAAGAAGAAUCUAGUGGAUACUACCGACUGAUCACACAGCAGGAGACAGGUGAGUGAAAAGGCACUGUGCAGAUAACAAAAAAAACGCCAAAUAGCAAGACAGGGACCAAGGCCUUUGAGAUAUACACUUGAAAAUAUAUACAUAGUACAUGUACUGAUAUUAAUGAAUUUUGAUGUUGUUAGAACCAUGGAAUUAUCGACAUCUGGGUACCAUGUAGAUGUUGAUAAUAAAUGAUGAAAUAAAUACAAUUUUGAAUGUUAAACUAAAAGCUUUGUUGAUAAUUUUUUUACUCAU